GUUAUGGAUAAUUAAUUUGGAGAGCGUAUUUACGAUCUGUGUAAACUAAACCUUUCCUUUUCAUAUUUGUUGGAUUGUCAGCUUCAACUGAUUCCUUAUUUUCUAUGCUCUGACAUGUUUUGAAGUAGCCUAUAAUAUUGGAAAAAUUGUGAUUUAUAAUAAGCUGAGAGAAGAUGAAAGACACUUCUGAAAUGGAUUUGAGGCCAGUUACCAACUUGUAUUCUUCAAGAAUAGCUGAAUGGAAAGACAGAGAGUUACAGUUGUCUCGAUUACAUGAGGAAAUGUAAGACUAUUAGAGUAGGAAAGAGGGAGACUCACUUGAAUUACAGUUUAGCUUACUCCAAAAACAGAGCAACGAGACUCCAAACCACUGAGCUUGUAGAUAUAGAAAAAGCACGUCAGAGGAAUGAAAAAUACUUACAGGAUUUAAUGUCAAUUAGUGAGAACUUAAAGGUGGAGGGAGACAACCCAGUUAGUCCCAGACUGGCCACUCUUCAGUCAAAUUAUUGGGCCAUGGUAAAAAGUCUCAAACCUCUUUGGGAAGAAAAUCUUCAUUUAGAUGACAACAGAACACCUAGAUCUCUCAUCUCCGAGCCCAGUGUUAGUGUGCAUGACAGUAGAGCUGCAACAAUUCCUGGAAGUGCGAGAUCUCAGAAAUCGGCAAAUGUCAACUUCAGAGCUCCUGUAGAAAAAUCUGAACCAAAAGUUGUCAAACAAACUGUAAAAAAACCAGAAAGAAAGUCAAAGAAACUGAAGAAAUGACAUGUUAUUAAUAUUGUUUACUGCAUAAAUUGUUCAUUUCAAAUUUCGUGGCAACUAAAAAAAAUUCUCAGUAGAAAUGAGGUAGUUUUGUUAUUACAAAUGUACUACUUAUUGGAUGUUUACAAAAAGAGGUGAAGGGAAUGUUUCAUCAUACGUAAUUCUGUAUCUGAUGUGUUAAAAUCUCAUUGCAUGUGAUCCUUCAUCUCUUGUGGGAAUGUCUCAGCAUAUGUUAUUCUUCAUCUCAUGAAGUACCGUAAUUAGUCUCAUUGUAUGCCAUUCUUUGUCUCAUCAUGUUUUUCUGUAUCUCAUGAGGGAAUGUCGCAUUGUAUGUUAUUUAUAAAGGUACACGUACAGUGUAUUUGUAUUUCAUGAGGGGUAUCUCAUAUGUAAUUUAAAUACUUUUCAUGAAGGAAUGGUACAUGAUUCUUAUCUUUUUUUAUACAUCAUCUGUUAUCUUCAUGAGGGAAUGUCUCAAUACAUAUAAGUACACAAUUCUGAAUCUUUAUUAGGGAUGUCUCAUCAUAUGUAAUUUUGUACUUGUAUUUUCAUAACAGAAUACAUGUAUCUCAUUAGAUGCUAAGUAAUUCUGUAAAGGAGUAUCUCUUCAUAUACACAUACAUGAAUAUAUAUUAAUUGUAUUUCCAUAAGAGAAUGACUGUCAUUUGUAUAACUACAAUGUACCUGAUAUAUCUGACAAUACUCUUUUAUAUAAAAUGAGAAAACUUG